AUGACCGACAUUGGCUUUGAGAACCUACGAAUCUCGGAUGGUCCACACGAUCCCCCUCGAGAACACGAAUUGCCGGUACCACCUCAGCCUGCUACUUCAGCCAUGCCAGCUCCACCGGGAAUAGCCGUUGAAGGCGUCAUGUGGCAAGGACACGAUGAAUCGGAUGACAGUGACGAUGAGCAGCCGUUGUCAGUGCCAACGUUUGGUGACAAUAGCACCCUUCCACCACCUCCACCACCUCCAAUGCAUGGGAAUUCAUCCACCACACGACCCGUAUCCGUACGCAACGAGGCUGCUAUGCAACGCAACUCCUUUCGACCUACGAGAUUCAUCAAGGCUGAACAAAAGGGGAAGGCAUCACCUGCUGCCAUCCAAAUGAUGCCACAAGAAAUGGCAAAUGUACAGCGCAUGUAUGAGCAUUAUCAAUCCAAGGUUUAUAUGGAAGGAUAUCUUUAUCGCAAGAGUGAACGUAGCGAGCAUGAAGGAUGGGUGCGCACGUAUGUCGAAUUAUGUGGUCCCGUAUUGACCAUGUGGGAUGCCGAUAAGGAUGAUCAAAGCGAAGUGAUGCCACAGUAUCUCAACAUUGCUGAUGCGACUGCCGAAUACAAUGAUCAAAGCAUGGUUUCUCUCAAGGCCGGUGGAAUCAGUCGUCUUUUGUUCGAGAUUGAUCCUGACAGCACAAGCCAUGACAACCGUAGUGCUGUACUUGACCGAUGGAUUCGUGCUGUUCGAUUGUCAUGCUUUGAAGGUGCACGUAUUCAUGAGAUCUACACCAAAAAGAUCAUUAUGCGACAUAAGAAUUCGAGCGAAGAUGGCGAUGAAGAGGAUGAUAUUCUUGCCAAACCAAUCCCCAAGAUGGAAAGCUUUUUGCAAGUACGAUUUGCUGGUGUCAAUGAAUGGCAAAAGUAUUGGGUUGUUGUAUCGGACCGUCCCAAUACCAAGAAGCUCUUUGGCAAAAAGUCGUCGACUCCUCAACAAGGACAGCUCCUGUUUUAUGAAUCCAAAAAGGCAAAGCAUCCAAUCAAAGUCCUCACCAACGUCUUUCAAGCAUACACCAUCUAUCCUGAAACACCUCAACUUGCUGAUAUGGCCACUUUGCUCAAGAUUGAUGGCACUACGGGAGGAACCAAUUCGGAUGAGAGUGAUGAAGGUGGUGUUCCUGCAAGCGUGUUGAUGAUGACAACCAAUACGCGUUAUUUGGUACAAUGGCUGGUGGGCGUAUACGAUACUUUCAAGCUCUAUGGUCGACCCUCUCAACUAUUACGUGAUCCAACCAAUGCCAAUUCCCUCAACUUUGGUGAGACCGUAUCGAGCACGCGUCUAUUUCUUGAAGUGGAUGAAAUUAGCGGCAUGGAUGUAUACGCUGACGGCACUGAAAAGAAUCGUAUGGCUAUGACGGAUGUGAUGCUCAACAAAUUCAAACAACCUGCUAUUCAACAUGUACCUAUCAAUGGUGGUGGAAUGGGGCCAAGAACCAAUAGCAUGCCUCAGAUUGCACCGGGACCUCCUGGUAAUAACAACAAUGCUCGUGUUCCUCGUCAACGCACUGUCUCAGCUGAUGCAGAAGUACCUAUGGCAGGAGGUGCUGCUGCUAAUCCAAGAGCAACCAUGAUGAUGAAUGCUUAUGGUGGUGGUCCUAAUCGAACAUCCGUGUAUCCUAUGCAAAAUCAGCCACCCAUGAUGCCACAGCAACAGCAACAGCAACAACAACAUCGAGUCUCGACUAUGCCACGUACUCAAUCGGGAAAGAUUAUUUAUGCAAGUGAUGACAGCGAUGAGGAUGAGGAUGAAGAUGACGAGAGUGAAUCUGAGGAUGAAGAUGAUGAUGAUGACGAUGACUCUGUAUUUGGUGGAGGAGAUCAACAUCAUAGCAACGCACACAAAGCUGAUAGCAACAACAGCAACAACAAAGCUAGUCCCACAGCAACUCCUACUCCAACACCUUUACCUGCUGCAUCAUCGAGUACGCCAUCUAUCACCGAUAAAAAUGCCGACGCAGUGAAUCACAAUGACCAGCAUGAUGAUAAACAAGUCAGCAAUGAUACCCUCGACAAGCAAUCAGACAAUGAAUCAGAAAAGCCAAAGACGCCUGCCAAAGCCAAGCAACGACGACCCAAUCCUAUCAAUUCGGAUGAGAGCAGCAGUGAGGAAGAGGAAGAAGAAGAAGAUAGUGAGGAAGAUGAUGAUGCAAGUGAUGAAGAGUAUACACCUCAUCGACCCAAGUCGCGUUGGCCUACCAACAACAAUGCUACAUCACGUGCUAGUACGAUGUCGCCUACACCCAUGCAGCAGCAGCAGCAACAACAGCAACCUCAAAGUGAUUAUCAGCUUCCACCUUUUGAAAUUGAUCAACAACCCAUGAUGGAUAUGUACAACCACCCAAUGUACCAACAACAGGCAGUGAUUGAUGAAGACGGACCUAUUAUUCCUCAAUUGGGUGAAGAUUUUGCCAAUCCACAUAGUCUUCUUGGUUCGGUGAGCAAGACGGAUCCACAAGUGACUGUACGUGAUCAAGCCGAGUAUGCUAAGGCUACAGGUCAACCUCUUGUGAGCAUUUCUCAACAGCCAAAGGAUCCCAAGGCAGGUCUUGUUGGUAUGAUCUCUCAAAUUGAACAUGACAAGAAGAAUCCAAACAAGGGUCGAAUGAUGGAUGCUGAACGUGAGAGGCUCAUGAUGGAACAACAGCAACAACAACAGGCAAUGAUGGGUGGACCAAUGAUGGGUAUGAUGGAUCCACGUAUGUCGAUGAUGCCUCCAAAUAUGAUGAUGGGCGGCCACAACUCGAUGAUGAUGAUGCCCAUGAUGGAUCCUCGCAUGUCAAUGAUGCCACCCAACAUGAUGAUGAUGCCCAUGAUGGACCCACGCAUGUCAAUGAUGAACCCGAACAUGAUGAACAAUGGCAAUGGCAACAAUAGCAACCCACAUGCCUCCAUGAUGAUGCCACCUACAUCGAUGGGUAACCCACACGCUUCAAUGAUGAUGCAACAACCACCCAGUUCCAUGCCAAGUGGCAGCAAUACCAAUACGAAUCCACAUGCUUCGAUGAUGAUGCCUCCUCCUGCUUCAACCAUGGCUGGCAUGAAUGGUGGUAAUGGUGGUGGUAAUGGCCAUGCUUCAAUGAUGAUACCCAUGAUGGAUCCACGGAUGUCAAUGAUGCCUCCCAAUAUGAUGAUGUAUGGCGGCAUGUGGAACGGUCAACAGCAACAUUUUGGUCAACAACAACAGUUUGGUAUUCCAGAAGAAGAAGAUGAUGAAGACGAUGAUGUGCCACUUGGUGCUGGCAGCCAAGCAAAACCCUCCUCCUCUAAAAAGUAG